UAAUAAUGAGACUCUGACUCAAUAUUAAAGUGGUUUUCAUUCUUAUUGACUUUUGGUUUUAAUUUCAUUCCUGUUAGUAGUUCAAUUUUGAUUUGAAAAUGUUUGCUAAAAAGCCUAAAACAGUUGACACUAAUCAACUAAAUGAAAGGAUGGAAAAAUAUUUUCUUGUUAAAAUGCCUGACGAUUUCUUCAAAUUUUGGUCAUUUUGUUCAUCUUUAAAUCCCCUUAAUCCGAAAGCUGCAUUACAUACGCUGGAUUUGCUAUUGGUUGGACCUUUUGAUGUUAUUGAUGGUAAAUUGAAAGAUGAAGUACUUGACUCAGCAGAUCCAGCUUCAAUACUCUGUUAUUAUCGCUUCUUUUAUGAUGUCCCCGAAUUCCAAACAGUUCUUCGUGAUACGAAAUCAAACUUUCAUAUUGGUUAUUUCAGGGAUUCUCCUUCAGAAAUGCCUUCGAUGGUCGUUUCAAAUGAUCCUGACAAAUCAUGUAUUAUCAAUCCGUUAGGCGAUAAUAUCUUUUCUGGUCUUCUGGCCUUCUGUGAAGAUCUGAAAAGAAGGAGGUCAGAGAAAGAUGAUAAAAAGGCAAAUGCAGAAAAACUAAGCCUGAAAAUAAAAGCGUAUGCCGAGAAAAAUGACAUACCGUUAGUAAAUAAUAACAUGAAAGAACGAAAAAAGAAAGUUGUUGCAAAGACUUUCCAUGGAGCUGGCAUCGUCGUCCCUUUCGAGAAUGAUGUUGGCUAUCGACCGUUGCCGGAAAAUGAGCAAAAUUUAAAAAAAUUGUUGAAAAAGAUAGCUGAUAUGCCAGAAGAAGACCGUCAAAGAAGUAAAGCAUACGAAUCAUUGCGAGAAAUUGUCAACUUAACGAAUUUAGCUAAUGAUGAAUGUGAUUUUGGAAUGGCCCUCGAACUAGGAAUCGAUUUAUUCUGUUUUGGUGAAGAAUGUUACCAUAGACUUGUCUCAUUUACUCUUGGUACAGCUUAUGAGUUAUUAGACAGACACCAGUUUGGAACAAUAAUUGAAGCUCAUCUUGCGAAUCGAAGAAAUGAGAAGCUAAUGAAAUUUAGCAUAAAAGGUGGAAGUACAUCAGCAUAGGAAAGCUGUUGUAAAAAUGUUAACCAAAAGGAAUUGUUUAUUCAUCUGUUUUGUGAACUACAAGUUUGCUUUUUUAAACUGUCCAGAGUCGUAAAUGUUGUACAGUUUUAAUUUCUUUUAAAGUACACAGUAAAUUUUCCACUUCCAUUGUUUUAGGCCAA